CACCUUCCCCUGCUGUUUCGUAAGAGCUUGCGAGGUUUGGGAACAGCCCUCUCAUAAGGAGCAGAUUGGGGAGAGGCGCUUCCCACUUGCAGGAAGACAGACCUUAAGGAAGGAGCAUCUCCGGGAGCCACCAGGAGGAGACCCUGCGCAUCCCAUUGUCUCAUCCAAUCCACGGGAAGGACCAGCAGAGCUGAGCCCAGGGAGCACCUUCUAUAAUCCAUUAAUGUUGUUGUGACCCGGAAAAGACAGAGGAAUGAAAAUACGGCUUUACUCUGCAGUGACAGCACUGUGUGCUGUCCUGCUCUUAUCUUCUAUAGAGGCAGAAGUUGGUCCUCCAACAGAUCUAAACUUUGAAAUAGUAAAUGAGAAUACAGUUCGUAUGUCAUGGCAGAGGCCGGAUGAGAGGAUAAAUGGUUACAAGAUCACAGUUGUUCCCACAAACGAUGGACCUGCAAAAGAAUUAGAUAUUCCGGCUUCUGCAACACAAACUGUGUUAACAGAGCUAGUACCAGAAGUUGAUUAUGUUGUCACAAUACUGUCAUAUGAUGAUUUGGAGGAAAGUUUACCUGUGUUUGGCCAACUUACAAUUCAGACAGGAGGUCGUGUAACAACAGAUGAAAAGAAACUUGUAACUACUGAUUUACCACGGUGUUCUAUUAGUGCAGUAGCUGAUGUUGUAUUCCUUGUGGAUGGAUCUUGGAGUGUGGGGAGAACCAACUUCAAAUAUAUUCUUGACUUCAUAACUUCUUUGGUUUCGGCAUUUGAUAUUGGGGAAGACAAGACAAGGGUUGGUGUUGUCCAGUACAGCUCGGAUACCAGGACUGAGUUUAAACUGAACAGAUAUUACAAGAAAAAUGAGCUCUUGGCGGCUAUUAAAAGAAUACCUUACAAAGGAGGGAAUACAAUGACAGGUGACGCCAUUGAUUACUUGAUUAAGAAUUCCUUUGUCGAAUCUGCUGGAUCCAGGAAAGGAUUUCCCAGAAUUGCGAUAAUAAUUACUGAUGGAAAAUCCCAAGAUGAAGUAGAAAUUCCUGCAAAGGAGCUUCAAAAUGUAGGAGUGGAAGUUUUCACACUGGGAAUAAAGGCAGCAGAUGCAAAAGAACUAAAACAAAUGGCAUCUUUACCUUCUCUGAAACAUGUGUACAGUGUUGCCAAUUUUGAUGCUAUUGUUGAUGUUCAAAAUGAAAUUAUUAAUCAGGUCUGCUCAGGAGUCGAUGAGCAACUAAGUGAACUGAUCAGUGGAGAAGAAGUUGUGGACCCUCCUUCAGAUCUGACUGUAACAGAAAUUUCUUCCAAAUCCAUGAAGAUCACUUGGAGGGCCUCACCAAGCCAAAUCACAGGAUACAGGGUUCAACUUAUUCCUAUGUUGGCAGGAAGUAAACAACAAGCCUUGAACAUUGGCCCUCAAACUACAAGCCUUACUUUGAAGGAUCUAUCCCCAGACACAGAGUACCAAAUUAAUGUAUUUGCUAUGAAAGAACUCACAGCGAGUGAGCCAAUCUCAACACUGGAAAAAACCCAGGCAGUGAAUAUAAGAGUUGAAUGUUCUGGUGGAGUGGAUAUAAAAGCGGAUGUUGUUAUCCUUGUUGAUGGAUCUUAUAGCAUUGGUCUUAGUAAUUUCGUAAAAGUCAAGGAUUUCAUUGAAGUGUUAGUGAAAAGCUUUGAUGUCUCACCCAACAAAGUGCGGAUCAGUCUUGUACAAUACAGCCGCGAUCCAGUAACAGAAUUUGCAUUGAACAAGUAUGACAAUAUUGAAGAUAUUCUUGAUGCAGUGAAAGAUUUUCCAUAUAGAGGGGGCUCUACCAACACUGGCAAAGCUAUGACUUAUGUAAGGGAAAAGGUGUUAGUUGAAAACAGAGGAGCAAGAACAAAUGUCCCAAGGGUCAUGAUACUCAUCACUGAUGGGAAGUCAUCAGAUGCCUUUAAAGACCCAGCUAUAAAGUUGAGAAAUGCAGAUGUGGAGAUUUUUGCUGUUGGUGUUAAGGAUGCAGUAAGAACGGAAUUGGAAGCAAUCGCUUCUCCACCAGCCGAUACUCAUGUCUACACAGUGGAAGACUUUGAUGCUUUCCAAAGGAUAUCUUUUGAGUUAACGCAAUCUAUUUGCCUUCGAAUUGAACAAGAACUUCAAAUAAUAAAGCGGAAAUCUUUGACUCCUGCACAGAAUCUGGCUUUCUCUGAGGUUACAUCUAGCAGCUUCCGAGUAAACUGGUCCCCAGCAGCUGAAGAUGUUUUAUCUUACACUGUAAAAUACAAAGUGGCUGUUGGUGGAGAAGAGUUCAUAGUUUCUGUUCCAGCCCCUACUACUACUACCAUUCUCUCCAAUCUACUGCCAGAGACUACUUAUGACGUUACUGUUCUAGCAGAAUAUGAGGAAGGAGCGAGCCCUCCACUGAAUGGGGAAGAAAAAACUCUAGAAGUGAAAGGAGCACCCCGCAACCUUAUAGUAAGUGAUGAGACCACGGACAGCUUUAAGGUUGGUUGGUCACCAGCUCCUGGAAACGUCCUCAGGUACAGAAUUGGCUAUCGUCCAGUUGCCGGGGGAGAGAGAAAAGAAGUGACAGUGUCAGGAAAUGAAAGAGCCACGACACUUUAUAACCUAUUGUCUGAUACAAAGUACCACGUCUCUGUCACACCUGAAUAUACAUCUGGCCCAGGGAAAGCCUUGGUAGGAAACGGAGCAACUGAAGAAGUGUUAGGAGAACCAAGAAACCUUAGAGUUACUGAUGCUACAACAUCCACUUUGAAGUUAUCUUGGGAUGCAGCACCUGGCAAAGUAUUACAGUAUCUUGUAACGUACACACCAGCUGCCGGAGGGGAACCAAAAGAGGUUACACUCAGAGGGAACGUCAUCAACACGGUAUUGAAGGAACUGGAUGCCGGUACUACAUACUCCCUCUCUGUAAAUGCUUUAUAUGCAUCAGGAGCUGGGUCAGCCCUCACUGGUGAAGGAACUACUGUUGAUGAACGUGGGUCACCUCGUAAUUUAGUGACUAAAGACAUUACAGACACCACAAUUGGUGCGUCAUGGACCUCAGCGCCAGGAAUGGUUCGUGGCUAUAGAAUUGCAUGGAAGUCACUAUUUGAUGAUGAAUCUGGAGAAAAGAAUGUUCCUGGAGAUGUAACAAAUACAGUGCUGGAGGAACUUGCACCAGAGACAAAGUAUAAAAUCUCAGUGUUUGCUAACUAUAAAAGUGGAGAAGGAGCCCCUCUAGAAGGAGAAGCUACCACAGAAGUAUCACCAAAUGCCAAGACACUUAAGGUCAGUGAUGAGACUGAAAGUACAAUGAAAGUCACAUGGCAACCAGCUCCAGGAAAUGUGGUCAAUUACCGUGCUAUAUACCGACCGCGAGCUGGUGGAAGACAACUGGUUGCUAAAUUGCCACCUACCGUCACCUCCACAGUACUAAAAAGACUUCAACCUCAAACCACAUAUGACAUUACAGUUGUUCCAGUUUACAAGUCAGGGGAUGGAAAAGCCAGGCAAGGAGAAGGAACAACAGCCUCUCCAUUCAAGUCACCGAGAAAUCUGAAAACUUCUGACCCAACCAGGUCCACCUUCCGAGUAACCUGGGAACCUGCUCCAGGAGAAGUGAUGGGAUAUAAAAUCACCUUUCAUCCAGUAGGAAAUGAUAGGCAACUAGGAGAAAUGAUAGUUGGCCCAUAUGAUAAUACUGUAGUCUUGGAAGAACUCAGGGCAGCAACAUCCUACAAAGUCAAUGUGGUUGGAAUGUUUGAUAAAGGAGAGAGUGCACCUUUAAUUGGAGAAGAAAUGACAACUCGGUCAGAUGCCCCAGAUGUCCGUGUCGAUCCCUCCGGACUGGAGUGCAAAACUAAUGCUGCUGCAGACGUAGUUUUGCUGGUAGAUGGUUCUUGGAGUAUUGGUCGGCCAAAUUUCAGGACUGUCAGGUCUUUUAUCUCACGAUUGGUUGAAGUCUUUGAGAUUGGCCCAGACAAAGUGCAGAUUGCACUUGCUCAAUACAGUGGGGACCCCAGAACCGAGUGGCAACUAAAUGCUCAUGGAACAAAGAAGUCUUUGAUGGAUGCUGUAGCAAAUCUGCCUUACAAGGGGGGCAACACUCUUACAGGCUUGGCUUUAAAUUUUAUUGCACAAAAUAAUUUCAAGUCAGAGGCUGGCUUGAGAGAUAAAUCACGCAAAAUUGGUGUCCUGAUAACUGAUGGAAAGUCACAAGAUGACAUUGUUGCACCGUCAAAAAGGCUGAGAGACCAAGGAAUAGAACUAUAUGCCAUUGGUAUAAAGAAUGCAGAUGAAAAUGAACUGAAGGAAAUAGCCACAGAUCCUGAUGCUGUCUAUGUGUUCAAUGUGAAUGAUUUCAACCAGCUCACCAAUAUUGUUGAGCCCCUCACUACAAAUCUAUGUAAUAGUGUUAAGAGUGGUGGAGAUGAUCUGGAAGCACCAUCUAACCUAGUGACGUCAGAGCCCACCCCUCGGUCUUUUAGAGUAUCAUGGGUACCACCAUCUCAUAGUGUGGACAAAUUCAGAGUGGAGUAUUAUCCUGUAUCUGGAGGUAGACCUCAAGAGGUUAUUGUUAGCAGAUCUGACAGAACCACAGUACUGACUGAUCUAAAGCCUGAAACAGAAUACUUUGUGAAGGUGUUUUCAGUGGUAGAAGGAGAAAGCAGUGACCCCUUGGAAGGCCGAGAAACAACCUUGCCAAUCCCUUCUGUUAGAAAUCUCAACAUCUAUGACAUUGGAACAACAACAAUGAGAGCAAGAUGGGAAGCUGCCAAAGGAGCCUCUGGAUAUUUAUUGUUAUACGAGCCUGUCAAUGCUACUGUUCCUGCAGUAGAAAAAGAGAUGCGUGUUGGCUCAUCAGUCACUGACGUACGAUUGGAAGAACUCUUCCCUAACACUGAGUACACUUUGACUGUUUAUGCACUUUUUGAUGAUCUCACCAGUGAUCCACUCACAGCUCAGGAAGUGACAUUACCAGUCCAAGGGGCUGGAAAUAUAAGACUCAGAGAUAUUACCCAUAGCUCAAUGAAUGUCUUCUGGGAUGCUGCUCCUGGAAAUGUCAGAAAGUACAUUGUGAAGUACAAAACUGAAGGAGAAGAUGAUUACAAAGAGGUGGAAGUGGUUGGAACAAGGACAAGUACACCUUUGAUUGACCUUUUCUCUCAGACGCUGUAUGAUGUGAGUGUAACUGCACUGUUUGAGGAUGGACUAUCAUCUCUGCCACGAUCUACGCAGGGAACCACAGCUCCAGUACCAGCACCCGUCAACCUCAGAUUUUCUGAAAUUACAACAAAUAGUUUCCGAGGCACCUGGGACGGUGCACCAGAUGUGGCUUUGUACAGAAUAACCUGGGCGCCACUUGGACGACCAAGACAAAAGAAAGAGACUAUUGUUGAUGGAGACAAGAACACAUUGGUAUUUGAAGCUCUAGAUGCUGACACACCAUAUGAUGUCUCAGUUACUGCAAUUUACCCUGAUGAAUCGGAAAGUGAAGAUCUGAUGGGUGUUGAACGAACAUUGCCAGAAGUUCCAGUUACAACUCCAAGCCCAAGAGAUGGUCCUCGAAACCUGCAGGUGUUCAAUGCAACAUUCAACAGCUUGACUGUGAAGUGGGACCCAGCCAGUGGCAAAGUGCAGCGAUACCAAAUCAUUUACUCACCUACUGUGGGAGAUGGGGGUGAAAAAACGGUAACAGUUGGCGCAAAGCAGAACAGUGUUGUGCUGCAGGGACUCCAGCCUGAUACACCAUACAAUAUAGCUGUGGCUUCACGUUAUGCUGAAGGAGAAGGAGGAAGAAUCUCAGGGAAAGGGAAAACCAAGCCUCUUUCUACAGUAAAAAAUCUCAGAGUGUAUGAUCCCACUACAAGUACUUUAAAUGUGCGUUGGGAGCCAGCAGAAGGGAAUGUACGUCAGUAUAAGAUCUUUUACGUGCCAACUGCCGGAGGAAGUGAAGAUGUGGUCACCGUUCCUGGAAAUACCAUCUAUUCCGUACUCAGAAGUCUUCAGCCUGACACGUCCUACACAGUGACUGUGGUCCCUGUUUAUGCUGAAGGAGAUGGUGGCCGUAUGUCUGAAACUGGAAAGACAUUGGUACGAGGACUUGCUAAAAAUCUACAAGUAUACAACCCUACACCCAACACACUGAACGUCCGCUGGGAUCCUGCCCCUGGGCUUGUGCAGCAGUACAAAGUCAACUAUUCCCCACUUCUUGGAACACAAGUUACAGAAUCUGUUGUGGUUCCCGGCAAUACUCGCAACGUGUUACUAGAACGCCUGACUCCUGAUACCCCUUACUCUGUAAGUGUGGUGGCCAUGUAUGCUGAUGGAGAAGGGAACCCAAGCGACGGAGAAGGAAAAACACUACCUCGCAGUGGACCAAAAAACAUUAAAGUUUUUGGAGAGACAACCAACAGUCUUUCAGUAAACUGGGAUCAUGCUGAUGGUCCAGUUCAGCAAUAUCGAAUUAUCUAUUCGCCAACUGUUGGUGAUCCCAUCGAUGAAUAUACAACAGUACCUGGCAGAAGGAACAAUGUGAUCUUACAGCCAUUGUUGUCAGACACUCCAUAUAAAAUCACGGUGGUUGCUGUGUAUGCAGAUGGUGAUGGAGGACAACUGACUGGAAAUGGAAGGACAGUUGGUUUGCUUGCACCAACAAAUUUACAAGUUUCUGAUGAAUGGUACACCAGGUUCAGGGUGUCUUGGGACAGAGCAACCUCUCCAGUUCUUGGAUACAAGCUUGUAUACCAGCCACAUGAUGCUGAUGAAUCUAUGGAAGUGUUUGUUGGUGAUGUGAAUUCUUACACUCUUCAAAACCUGUUUCCCGGAACCAGCUAUGAUGUAAAGGUGUAUGCUCAGUAUGACACAGGAUUAAGUGGGCCACUCUCAGGCGUUGGGACAACUUUGUAUUUGAAUGUAACGGAUCUGACAAGUUACCAAGUUGCAUGGGAUUCAUUCUGUAUUAGGUGGACUCCUCACAGAGCUGCAACUUCCUACAGAGUCAAGCUGAACCCAGUCGAUGGAUCCCGUGGACAAGAAAUAACAGUGACUGGAUCACAGUCGUCACACUGUUUUACUGGACUGAAUCCUGACUCUGAAUAUACAGCUACCGUUUAUGUACAGACACCAAACCUUGAGGGCAGAGGAGUUUCAACAAAAGAGCGUACUUUGAUAAAACCAACAGAAUCACCUACUGAGCCUCCUGCCCCGCCUCCACCUCCCACAAUACCGCCAUCCCGUGAAGUAUGCAAAGGGGCAAAAGCCGAUAUAGUGUUUCUGAUUGACAGUUCCUGGAGUAUUGGUGAUGACAACUUCAAUAAAGUCCGUCAAUUUAUUUUUAAUACUAUUGGAGCUUUUGAUGUUAUUAAUCCUGCUGGGAUCCAGGUUUCGUUCGUGCAGUUCAGUGAUGAUGCGCAAACAGAGUUUAAGCUGAAUACUUAUGCUGACAAAGCUCAAGCACUGGGAGCACUUUCUAAUGUCCGAUACAAGGGAGGAAACACAAAAACAGGAAAAGCACUGAAGUUUGUUCGUGAUAAGGUCUUGACUGUUGAAAAUGGAAUGAGAAGAUCUGUUCCCAAGGUGCUGGUUGUAGUGACAGAUGGAAGGUCUCAAGAUGAUGUAAAGAAGUCUGCUAUGGAUAUACAGCACUCUGGUUUUAGCGUCUUUGUGAUUGGAGUGGCUGAUGUGGAUUACAGUGAACUUAGAAAUAUAGGCAGCAAACCAAGUGAGCGCCAUGUUUUUAUCGUUGAUGACUUUGAUGCCUUUGAGAAGAUUGAAGAUAAUCUCAUUACCUUUGUGUGUGAGACAGCGACUUCAACCUGUCCACUUAUUUACCUGGAUGGAUACACAUCACCAGGCUUCAGGAUGCUGGAAGCUUACAACCUCACAGAGAAGUCUUUUGCAUCAGUCAAAGGUGUUUCCAUGCUACCCGGUUCUUUCAAUAGCUUCCCUGCAUAUAAUAUUCAGAAAGAUGCCUUCCUCUCUAUACCUACCUCAGAACUGCAUCCUGAAGGAUUGCCACAUUCCUACACUAUCAUCUUAUUAUUCCGCCUGCUCCCGGAAACUCCCAAUGAGCCAUUCUCUAUAUGGCAGGUUACAGACAAGAGUUAUAAGCCUCAGGUCGGAGUGACUCUGGAUGGAUCCAAGAAAUCACUUUCAUUCUUCAACAAGGGAGCGUCAGGAGAUACUCAGACAGUGACAUUUACUGGUGAUGAAAUAAAUAAACUCUUCUAUGGGAGCUUCCACAAGGUUCACCUUGUGGUAUCACCAAAGUUUGUGAGAAUAUAUGUUGAUUGCAAUGAAGUGGUGGAGAAAGAAAUUAAAGAACCUGGUAACAUUUCAACAGAUGGCUAUGAAGUGCUUGGAAAACUAAAGGGUGACAAAAAAUCUGCUCCAUUUCUGCUCCAGAUGUUUGACAUUGUAUGUACUGUAACCUGGACGAGUCGGGAUAGAUGUUGUGAUAUUCCUGCAAUGAGAGAUGAAUCUAAAUGUCCAGCACUGCCACAUGCAUGUACAUGUGCCCAGGACAGUGUGGGAGCUCCGGGACAAGCCGGCCCAUCUGGUAUGCCUGGCAAUAAAGGUCCCAGAGGUGACAGGGGUGUAGAUGGACCUGUUGGCCCAUCUGGACAGCGUGGUGAACCCGGUCCUUCUGGUCCACAAGGGCCUCCUGGACCUCAAGGACCUAAUGGACUUUCCAUUCCCGGAGAACCUGGUCGUCAAGGGAUAAAGGGUGAUUCAGGUGACCCAGGAUUACCAGGAAGAAUGGGGUCUCCUGGAGUAACUGGACCACCUGGACCUAUGGGGCCACCAGGGCAAAGGGGUUUCACAGGCAAAGAUGGAGCAAUUGGACCCAGAGGACCACCUGGCCCUAUGGGAACACCAGGAGCUCCAGGAGUGCCUGGUCCAAGUGGGACACCAGGAAAGCAAGGAGAUAAUGGCCUACCGGGUCCUACAGGGCAGAAAGGAGAUAAGGGUGAGAGGGGAGAUAUUGCUUCUCAGAAUAUGAUGAGGGCUGUUGCACGACAAGUUUGUGAACAAAUGAUAAACAAUCAAAUGGGCAGAUUUAAUCAGAUGCUGAACCAGAUUCCAAAUGAUUAUUAUUCCAAUCGUAAUCAGCCGGGACCUGCUGGUCCUCCUGGUCCUCCAGGCAGCGCUGGAAUGAGAGGUGAAUCUGGACCUGCUGGCAGACCUGGAUUCCCAGGAACACCGGGUCUUCAAGGACCUCCUGGAGAAAGAGGAAUACCAGGUGAAAAGGGAGAGAGAGGCAAUCCUGGAAUUGGAUCUCAAGGACCCAGAGGGCUCACUGGACCACCAGGACCACCAGGCGACUCCAGAACUGGACCACCAGGAUCUACAGGCUCCAGUGGUUCUCCAGGACCUCCUGGUCGGCCGGGUAACCAAGGCAUUAGAGGUCCUACAGGUCCAGCUGGUUAUUGUGAUGCAUCAAUGUGUGCAAGCAUUCCUUACAAUGGUCAAGGAUACCCAGGUUCCGGCUAACACAUUUUCUAAGUCUCCAGUGCUGCUUACAGUUUGAAUUCAUGAAAAUCCUGUUUCUGAGAUGUUUGCGCACGUGCUUUCUCUGGAAUGAUUCUUUUGGGAAAUGUCACCAUGGAUAUAGCUAAUGACCUAUAUUGUCAUCAUAAAAGGGGAAACUGUUCUUUAUACUAACAACAUUCGAAUGGAAACCAGGACAGCAAUAUGAACUCACAAAGCCUGUUUUCAUUUCUGUAGUGAAAAAGUCAUGUCAUAUAUGAGAAAUAUAGAGCCUCAGUUAUACAAGAGGUCAAUAUAACUACUAACUACUGUAUCUGAGGUAACCCUUUUUUAAACAGAGAUUUAACAUAAGGAUAUAGAAAUGAUUUAUGUAAAUAAUAAACUAAUGGUUGCUUGUAAAUGGUUUGAAUGAGAACAUAUUCACUAAAAUCAGUUAACAAUAUUUUUCAAUCAAGCUAAUGCAUUAAAGCCUGCUGCUUGCUGUCUGCUAGAAUAACCCUUUAUCCCUUCAUCCCCUAUGAGUGUUACAAUGCUACCGCUUUUCAGGCAAGACCUGUAAUGUCAUAACUUCUUUAAUGUUGAACUUUCUAUGUAGCUGACAAUAAUAGUGUAUAUUAAUGCAUUAUUAUUGACAAUUCUAUCAGAAUGUAUUCCAUUAUUUAUUAUUGUAUAUUUGGAUAAAUCACAAUUUACCAUUAAAUUAUUUCAGCUAACAACAAUUCUGUUCCAAGGCAUAAAUAUUUACCUAUAGAAUAUAUAAUCUUUAGCUUAAAUCUGUUCUUUGUAAUACCCAUAUUGAUAAUACACUGAUUAUUAACAGUCUAAUAAUGGCAACAGUUACUCAUCUGUACAAAGGAACAAAUGUUAACAUGUUUUGAUUCUUAUUAGGUAAUUGUAAGAUACGUUUAUCUAUCUAUCUUGCAUUUACCUGAUAACAAGAUCAAAGCAAGUGUAAAAUCUAGUUUCCUAUAUAAAUAUAUACAUAGAUUUAUAUAUUGUAGAUGUAGGUAUAUAUCUAUAUUAAAUAACAAAAGACAGGCUGUAUCAUUUACUGUGCCCAUGGAUUCAUGUUAUGAGAUAAUUAUCUUGUCCAAUCGGCCAAAUAUUUUCAACCAGAACCUUAUCAACCUGAAAGUGGACCACAUGAGCCGGACAGUCAACCGUACGUAGUUCAAAUGGCACCAGAGAGACUAGACGAAGAGGACUAUGG